CGCAUGGGGUACUUCUUUCCAUUUUUGCAGAUUCCGUCCGCGCGAACCCUUUCAACAGGCUAUGGCUCGACAUGAACAUUACCUUGCUGCCAAUAUGGGCAUCCAGCCUCAUCACAAGGUGCUUGAUAUUGGCUGUGGCGUAGGCGGUCCUGCUCGUGAGAUUGGUCACUUCACGGGUGCCCAUAUCACUGGCCUCAACAACAAUGACUACCAAAUCAAUCGUGCAAAGCGUUACGCAGUGACCUAUGGACUCGAGCAUAAAUCAGAUUUUAUCAAGGGUGACUUUAUGAAUAUGCCCGUUGAGGAUAGCUCGUUUGAUGCUUGCUAUGCUAUCGAGGCUACAGUUCACGCUUCGUCUUUAGAAGGUGUCUAUGGCGAGGCCUACAGGGUCCUCAAACCUGGCGGAGUCUUUGGCUGUUAUGAAUGGGUCAUGACAGAUAAAUAUGACCCUACCAAUCCCGAACACCUUCGUAUCGUCCGUGGACUCGAGGUCGGAAACGGCGUUGCAAAAAUGAUGACCGUCAAGGAUUGCCUCAAGGCUCUUGAAACAGUAGGCUUCACGAUUGAGAAGAAUAUGGAUAUGGGUGCAACAGACGACAAAAUCAAGUGGUAUUAUCCUUUGCAGGGUGAUAUUCGACAGGCCAAUGCCUUUUGGGAUUACUUGACAGUCCUCCGCACAACGACCGCCGGACGUGCCACGACCACAUAUAUGGUCAAGACCCUCGAAAAACUUGGCUUGAUUGCUCCUGGUAGUGCAAAGGUCUCAAGUAUUCUCCAAACGGCUGCUGAUUCUGUCCUUGAAGGGGCUUUGCUUGGCAUUUUUACGCCAAUGUACUUUUUCGUCGCCCGCAAACCUCUUACCGCCUUGGAGUGAAAAA